CAAGUAGAGACGAUGACGAAUUUUUGACUCUUGUAUCGCACUUUACCAGCUGGUUUAACUGAAAACUGUGAACAACAAGAAUUCAGCACAUGCGGAUUCUCUGCCAUCAUCAGACAUGCGUGCAAGUCCUAACCAUCGUCAUCUUUCUUGCAAAUGAUUUCCUGGCCCAUAUGUCAGCUAUCAGCUGGCUACCUGAGUCCUUGUUUACCGAGGAUUAUAAUCUACCUUUACCAGACAGGCAUUUCAACGUUACCAUUGGCAACAGCAGCGGACACACUCAAAUCUUAGUUUACGCAUUCAACCUGACAAAUGGGACACUACACACAGGAGCAACGCGAGACAACAAUAAAAACGGCAGAUCGUGCACCGCAAAACCCCACGGGAUAGACGUAACCUGCCGCGUCGAUAUGACUGGUUGGUGCGCUAGUUAUGAUGGAAAAAUAUACAACGGAACACACCCAGACGGCGACGAAGCCGAGGCAUUCAAGGUUAAUGUUACAAUCCAGAAAUAUACGUCACCUCGGAAUCCCGCUGAUAUCACUGUGAAUCUUCGCACGGGAAAUCCCCCGACUGGGCUGACUGUGAGUACGACGUGGAUGACGGAAUUCAUUAUCGUGGUCACCGAAAAGCCGCCAUUCGCGAAUCUCAGUAUAUUUCAUGGCAACACGACACUCGCAAAGAUGGUGAAGGAUGGUUUCGAAGACAAGUUGUGGGACACAACAAAGCCUGACAUAAAGGAAGUGUUGAAAAAAAAGUAUCCAAAUUCUGUUAAAGGCAAAAUAAAUAUUCAACACUGA